CGUAAAAAGAAACGAAAAUAGAUGUAGAUCUAGAUCUAGAUUCUAGACCUAGAUCUCUAUCCAAUAUCCUUAGAUUAUUAUUGAAUCUACAAAACGAAUAGAUGUAACAAUUGGUUACUUUUAGGUAUCUAACAAAAACUCAAUCUACAUCUCUCUAUUCUAAAAUUAUUCUACAGUUAGAUCAUUCUAAUUCUACUACAUUCUAUUGAUGCAUCCAACAGAUUUAUAAACUAUGCCUGCUCUUGGCAGUGCCGAAUUCGGUGUCAGGACUUUUUAUGCUGCCUCUCAUCCCAAUGACAAGUGCGGACCAAAUGGUUUGCCGCUGACUCCUAACUCUGUCAAAAUACUAGGGAGAUUCCAGUAUCUGACUACACUGUCUCACCCAAGACUGUGUCAGUAUCUGGAUAUCAGUAAAACUAAACAUGAAUGUAUGAUUGUCAUUUCUGAACACCAUAAGUCAAGUGUCAAAGAAAAAUUGAACAGUGGCCAAGGAUUAUCAGAAAAUGCAGCUGUCUCUUUAGGAUUCCAGAUUCUCGAAGGCUUAACAUUUCUACAUGAGAAAAAUGUUGUUCAUAGGAAUUUAUCAAUGGACAACAUACUCAUUGAAAAGCAGGGUAACAUAAAACUUUCAGAGUAUGGACUUUAUUACAUGACUGAUUAUGGGGCAGACGUGUCAUUUCCUAUAGGACUUCCUCAUUACAUGGCACCUGAAGUUUUGUGUUCUGGACCAUUAAAAGUGGAUGAAGAUUCAGGCCAGUGCAUUCAACCAAUAUCUGGACCUAAAGUAGAUGUUUGGUCUUUUGGCAUAAUUCUUCUGGAACUUUUGUUGGGUAGAGAAGUGUGGUCAGGCUUGAGCUUGCAAGAAACCUUUGUGAAACUAAUGCUGCUGAUCAAAUCUGAUAUGUCACCUCUUGAUUAUCUUUGUCAGGAUGCCAGUUUAUCAGAGAAACUCAAGGGCACUUCCAAAGAGUUGAAAGAUUUGCUUAGACUCUGUCUGACUGUAUCUUCUUCUAAGAGGGCAACGUCAGAAGAGGUUAAGCAACAUCCAAUUUUUCGUUCAUCUAGAGAAAAUGCUGUUGCACAUAAGAGAGAGUUUGACAUUUUUACAGCUGAAGUAAGAAGUGCAGAUCUAGAGCUUCCAACUUAUGAAGAAACUAUAGCUAAUGAUUUUAGUGAUGAUCAUUUGUCUCAGAGGUCAAUGCAAGAAGUUUAUUACUUGUGGCGCCUGGCAGGUGGUGAUUUAGAUGGUGCCCUGCGCAAGGCUGGCAUGUCAAAAACUAGACCUCCAAUACACUUACUGCCUUGUUAUGGCAUCCUUGAUGGAGAUGUGUUUGGCCAGGACAGAGACAAUGCUGAACUGCUUAAUAACACAGUCAUAACUCUAUCCCAAGAGCAGCUGCGCUUUCGACUUAGAGAGAUACCAGCUACAGCAUAUUAUCCUUUGCUUGAAGAUGAGUCCAAAUACUUGUCUGAAAAUCAGUUACCAGCAUCUCCAAGUUACGGUGAUUUAGCCAAUUCUGCAACUCUCCCUUUAGUGAUAAGAGAAAAGGAUGUAGAUUACCAGUUUCACAGGAUAAUAUUAUUUGAGAGACUGCUCAAUGCUUAUCCCUUUAAAAGGCCAUACAUAUGGAGGGAAGCCAGGGUGGACAUUCCACCUCUAGUCAGAGCACAUGUUUGGGCAGCCAUAUUGGAAGUGGAGGGUGAUCUAGAAGGCUGGUACACUUCAAUAGAUAAAGAAACACCAACAGCUACAGACAGACAAAUUGAAGUAGAUAUACCCCGAUGCCAUCAAUAUCACGAGCUUCUGUCAUCGCCAACAGCACAUGCCAAGUUCAAGAGAGUCCUGAAAGCUUGGGUGCUUAGCAAUCCUCAGUAUGUUUACUGGCAAGGUUUGGACUCUCUUUGUGCCCCUUUCCUGGCACUGUCUUUCAACAGUGAGGCCCUUGCAUUUGCCUGUUUGUCGGCUUUCAUUCCAAAAUAUUUGCACAAGUUUUUUCUCAGGGAUAACUCGGCAGUAAUUCAAGAGUACCUGGCAGUUUUCUCACAUCUUAUAUCAUUCCAUGAUCCUGAACUUGGUAACCAUUUAGAUGGGAUUGGAUUUAUACCAGAUCUUUAUGCUAUACCCUGGUUUUUGACUAUGUAUGCUCAUGUCUUUCCCCUGCAUAAAAUUGUACAUUUAUGGGACACUCUGUUGCUUGGUAACUCAUCUUUCCCUCUGUGUAUCGGAGUAGCCAUACUACAGCAGCUUCGAGAUAGACUACUGUCAUUUGGAUUUAAUGAAUGUAUUUUACUAUUCUCUGACAUGCCAGAAAUUGACAUUGAGAGGUGUGUUCAAGACUCCAUCAGAAUUUUCUGCAGCACUCCAAAGAGCGCCACCUACAGACAGCAUGCUCGGCCUCUGAAACCUAAAAACUCAACAGAUAGGCCAAAUGUGUCUUAUUAUAGCAGAGACUACCAUGACCAGCCACAGACUGAUUUAUCGAUGGAACCAAUACCCUUGGAAGAGCUGAAGAGUGAGAAAUAUCCCAGGAUAUCAGCAGAAGAUCUGAUUGAGCUUGGUGAACUGGCAGGCUCUGCGAAUUCUCGAAGCCCUACCAAGAAGAGACAGAACAGCAAACCUAUGAUCUUAAUAUUAGAUGUUCGCCACCAUGAAGAAUACAAACGUGGAACCUUGCAAGGGAGCAUAAAUAUCCCAUUUCAAACAGCUUUUUCCCCUGAGGGGGAAUUGAAUCCUUGUCCUGCUGUGCAGAUCUUGAACUCUAGAAGAAAUCAAGUGAUUGUUGUUGUUGGCAAUAGAGGGCGCUUUGCUGCAAAUUUUGCCAAUGAAUUAGUGCGUCUGGGCUAUUCAAGAGUCUGUGUGCUGCAUAAGGGCAUUGAUAUAUUUAGGACCACCAACCUUCUUAUUAUACCACCAGCUGAUAUAUAAAUGUUCCUCAUUUCAUUUAUUUUCAUAAUCUUUAUAGUUGCUUUGAAAGGAAACCUAAAGUAGCGGAGAUUGGCUGGAUGUUGAAAUAUCAAAACUCAAGUCUUGUGUUUCUGAUAAAAUUCAGUUUGAAAAAAAAACAACUUCUGGAGUAAUUGUACUAUCCUAGACUGAAAUUAUAACAUCAUAAAAAUAAUUUGAUCUUAAGCUAUUAUUUUAGUAUAUUAAUUGAGCACAACUUUUAAAUGCUUUGUACAUUUUGUAAAAAGUAGCCUAUAUUGUUACUUUAAAUUUGUUAAUGUGUCAGUAUUAUCAGAUGUGCUGUUUGGAAGCUCAGUCAAUCACUUUGCUAUCUUGUUGAUUUUGUGUUUAAAACAAUUAAAAUUGACACUUCAGUACAUAAGUAUAAGAUUUGAGAUUUUAUUUUUGGCACAUAAGAACAUUUUAAGUUAUGUGUACCCUAAAUUUUUGUUUUGUUUUAUCUAAUACAUUUUACAAUAGUGUUAACUUAAAUGUCAGAUGUGUAUGUAACUACUUGUGAUAAAUGUAUUUAUUUUCAGCAUGUUUUUAUGUUGUUGAUGAUGAAGUCAAUAAAAUCCAUAUGCGAGCACCACACAGUGGCUCUUACCAUUAAAAACAUUUA